GCUCUUCUGCUGGCUGAGGUACAAGGUGGACUUUCUCGUUCUCAGCUUCAUCUUCUCGUGGGAGCGGUUCUGGAGACCACGGAAAAAGAGGCUGCCGCCGUCUCGCUCCAUCCUGCAUCUGCUUCGAGGUCUGCUGGGGACAGCCAGCCGCCACCGUCCCCAGCCCUGGGUAGCUGAAGCAGCGCGCUCUUCCGCCCACUAAGUUUGGCCUUUGCGAGCGGCCGUCUCUGGCAGGCGCGGAGGUAGCCGGGAAAGGCUAACUUGGUUACGCCCACGCCCGCGGCUGGUCCCUGCUGCGCGUCCCCGUGGCGCAGUGCUGCAUGUUCAGGCCACGCUUCUGCGCUUCGCUGCGGGCUCGUCCCUGCUUUCCAGUCUACGUUUCUUUCUCGAGGAUUGUUGCCCUCCUUUGGCUUCGUGGUCUCUGCGGCUGGCGGUCCGGAAACUGCUGAAAGAAGCCGAUCUCGUCUCUGCGGGGGCAGGCGGGAGGCGGCGCGGAGCCAGAGCAGAAUUGUCAGAGAUCUCCGAAUGAUCUGAAGAGAUAUCCUGGAAACCACCCUUGCACUGUGCGGUGUUUGUUGAAAAAAUGUUUGGAAGAUUGACUUUUCCACAACUGCUUUUUGCUAGCAUCCUUGGAAUUGCUGGAGGAAUAUAUAUUUAUCAACCAAUAUUUGAACAGUAUUCCAGAGAUCAGAAGGAAUUAAAAGAAAAGUUGAAAUUGGUACAAGAAUCAGAAGAGAAGAAAAGUUAAUAGUACAUGGAGUCGAACUGUAAUUGCUUAAAGUUCCAUUGAAAUUAUACAUUGACUAUAAAUAAUCUAGUAAAAAGUUAUCAAAUAUACAUUAAUUGUAAAUAAAUCAUAGAUUAUGAUUUUAAAUUAGUUUUAAAACUAGCACUGUCAAUUUUAAUGUUUCCUGUAUUUUUAUUUGCCAUUUUAUGUCUUUUCACCAGGACAGAUUAGUACUUUCCUUUUAAGCAAAAAUUAAUGUCUUAAGGAAUAUUUUAUUUCUUAGUUGAAGCUUCUUUUUUCUGGGAAUGUGGCCUAUACAUUGGCAGUCUAGACUGUAUAAACUAGCUGGGAAUGUU